AUGCGCCAGCGUUCAUUAACUGAUAGCCGAGUAGAGUCUACGCCCCCAAAGCUGACUCCGAAUUUUUCGAUUCGGAGUGGGAACUCUGCCUUCGGCAUAAAUCACGACGGCCCAUGGCGACCAUACUUUAGCAGGUCCCGCCCAACAAGGUGUUCAGAGAGCUACGGCAGGCGACGGACUGCGACGUCAAAACAUCGAACCCGGUCUCCGUGUCGGCUUGUUUCUCACUCCAGUGUCCCUCCCACUUUGUUACUUGCAUCCUCUAUCGCACCUACGAACCGGCACAGCAAUUCUAUCGUUAAUUCAGACCAACCAAGGAUCGCCAAAGGCCAUCAGUCAUGGAAUUCAGCAGACUUAGGAGAUGAUCCUUUCGCGCAUCGACCCGUUGCUAGACACGUACCCUUGAAACCUUGCUCUUCUAUGCAAGACGUUGACAGUGAAGACCUCAUAUCUCCAUGGACCAUGCCGAGGAACGCGCCACAUAGAUCUUCUUUUUCACAAGAUAAUGAUUAUCUGGAUCUGCCGUCUAUAGACUCCGCGCGUAGAUGCAAAAGUGAGAGGCUUAAUGGGGGUUCUGUGCAAUCGCGACGAAGAGGAAACAUCACCGACCCAGACGUCUUCCGUCGUCCGAGUACAUCGUCCCAAAUAGAGCUGACCGCAGCCCACUUCGAGAGAACUGCGGCCGUGACUGAGGAUUUUACUCCAAAGGCACGUUUGCGCCAUCUUCCAAAUUUUUCGAAUCUUCGAUGCGAGGCGCUUAAUUUGGCUGCAGCUGAUUCGGGCAAUGCAAACCUUGAUUCAAAGUCGUCACCUAGAGCCCCUUCCCCCCCAGGUUCCCCGACCGCGAACUCCACUCAACCGUCGGUAGAUUGUUGUGUAAAUCAACGUCACUCAGCUGCAGGAUCAGAUCCAGCAUCGACGUUGGUUGGAUCUGAUAAUGAUAUUAAGGUGUUUAGUUCUGGGGAAGAAGAUGACACCGACUUCCAAAGCGACAUUGCCUUUGAUUCAUUGCCAACCCGUGCAGCCGGAAGCAACAAAUCGAUCCGUCGUGGUCCUCGUAUUGAAACAAUAUUUGAUCAGUCAACCCCGAUUACUGCCCCAAAACUUGUCUCUCUGCCCGCUGAAAAUUAUCCGCCCAAUAUUGAUUUCGCAUCAAACCGCUCAACGCCCCUUACCCAUUCUUUUGAGGGCUUCUCCGACGAUAAACAGCAUCUGCUUUAUGCUGAGAAGGGUUCACCGCCCGCACAGAUAAGUUUCUCGGAUACCGGAUUAGACAAAGAUGCUAGUUCAUCGUCUGCUUCAAGUAGUCCGCAAGCCCAGCGCCUUAGGCGAACUACUAAGCUCCAAAAUAUCGAAAAGUCCCGCCAUGAUGACAAUGGCCUUCCUUCAUCAAAUAAUCGGCAUGACAACAAUCUUACUGUCACCGUUACAAACUCCGUUUCCGCGUCGGACUUUCAGAGAACCACUACAUGUAGUCCAGUUUCAUCCGUCGCAUUUAACGAAAACUCUGAGAAGAAUUCUCACCUCUGUCUUUAUGACUGGUCCGAACAACAAAAGAUUAAAAAGGACGAGCAAGGGUCCGAACCCCGACCUAGAACUUCUCAUAUAGAGCAGUUCCUUGACCUACGUGGGGGUAGAACUGCUAUCCGCCGUACAUCGAGCUCUCUUCAUCUGCGAAGCCAAAGCGUACCACUUUCGCGAGAGCCGGUUGCACCAAAGGAGCCCAGCGCCAAAAAGUUCGCAACUUGGGGUUUAGGAAAUAAGGGAGCAAGCGAAGAUUGGGAUGGUGAUUUUGAUUUUGGGGAUAGCGAGCGCCAAUGCCAAACCAAUCUUUCCGAGAAACGCCAGGACCCGCCGAGCAUGACGCAAACCGUGAAAGUUCCUCAGGCAAUCAUGGAACGACAGGAGAGUGUUUAUGGACAAUUUAGUCACGUCCAAGAGCUGACUGUGCUAGUAGAGGAGCUCAAACUCCUCAGGGCUAGGGCUAGGGCGAUGCAUAUAAUUGACGGUCCUUCGAGUGAAUUGUGGAAAGAAGCACAAGGCAUCAUUAGUCUGGCCACUUUCGAGGAAGACGAGGAAUAUGAGCACGAGCUCAGGAUGAGGUGCUCAACCUCGUCUCUCACAUUUAGCCUCGAAGAGUUUGAUGCCGAACUAGGGUAUGCUAAGCAGUCAGGACUAUCUGAUACUGUGGCGAUUACCGAUGACCAGUUUGCACUCUCCAAAGCAGAACAUGUCUCGUGCAAUGGGAGGCAGCACCUUCGCCCACGAACAGACUCAUCCACAAAAGCCAAGUAUGUUCUCGAUACGAUACACCGAGAUCGAAAGCUGCGCGAAAACGCCUUUGCCAAACAAGGUUCCGACGGACAACAUAAGCUAGCCUUUGACACCCAAUCUCUCCGGGACCUUGUCGUACGUGCAGGUGUUGUUACGAGGGCACUGAAAGACGUGGUUCGAAAGGCAGAAGGAGUCUGUUUGCUGCCAGAAGUCGACACGCGAACCUCAGACCCUCCGUUUAGCAAAAUCUUUUGUCGACCCCAAGCCGAUUCGUCUGUUGUCAAUCCCCACACUUGA